CUCCCCGCCGCCGGCGCGAGGGUUGGGCGGGGGGCUCGGGGUCGCCUCGGGCGGCGGCCAAUGGCGGUGCGGGGGUCAGACUCCGCUCCCCGCGAGGGGCGCAGCUGUUGCUAAGUGCAGGGAGGAGACGGAUCCCGCGCCCGCAGCCGGGGGAAGGGGGAGGCGCGAGCGAGAGCGCGUGGGAGCGCGGAGGGGGAGCGAGCGGAGAGAGACGCCGGGGAGGCGCGCGGGAGCGAACGCCCGCUCGGGAGCCCGAGCCCCGCGGCAUUGCGGCCGCGCCCUUGCGGGAGCCCGUGCAACCACCCAGCCCCGCUCCGCCUGCCGCCGCCAGGGCUCGGGAGGAUGGAGGAUUCCCGGGAGACGUCGCCGUCCUCCAACAACUCCUCGGAAGAGCUCAGCUCUGCCCUGCAGCUGUCCAAGGGCAUGUCGAUCUUCCUCGACAUACUGAGGAGAGCAGACAAAAAUGAUGAUGGAAAAUUGUCCUUUGAAGAAUUCAAAGCAUAUUUUGCAGAUGGUGUUCUGAGUGGAGAAGAAUUACAUGAGCUCUUCCAUACCAUUGAUACACAUAAUACCAACAAUCUUGACACAGAAGAACUAUGUGAAUAUUUUUCCCAGCACUUGGGCGAAUAUGAGAACGUACUAGCAGCACUUGAAGACCUAAAUCUUUCCAUCCUGAAAGCAAUGGGCAAAACAAAAAAAGACUACCAAGAGGCCUCCAAUUUGGAACAAUUUGUAACUCGAUUUUUAUUGAAGGAGACCUUGAAUCAGCUGCAGUCUCUCCAGAAUUCUCUGGAAUGUGCCAUGGAAACUACUGAGGAGCAAACCCGUCAAGAAAGGCAAGGGCCGACCAAGCCGGAAGUCCUGUUGAUUCAGUGGCCUGGAAAGCGAUCAAGUCGCCGAGUCCAGAGACACAACAGCUUCUCCCCUAAAAGCCCUCAGUUUAGUGCCUGUGGUCCAGGCUUAUUAGAAGAAGAUAACCAGUGGAUGACCCAGAUCAAUAGACUCCAGAAAUUAAUUGAUCGACUGGAGAAGAAGGAUCUCAAACUUGAACCACGGGAAGAAGAAGUUAUUGAAGGGAAUACUAAAUCUCACAUCAUGCUCGUCCAGCGUCAGAUGUCUGUGAUAGAGGAAGACUUGGAAGAAUUCCAGCUUGCCCUGAAACACUAUGUGGAGAGCGCUUCCUCCCAGAGUGGAUGCUUGCGUAUUUCCAUACAGAAGCUUUCCAGUGAAUCUCGCUACAUAAUUUAUGAGUUUUGGGAGAACAGCAGCGUGUGGAAUAGCCACCUUCAGACGAAUUAUAGCAAGACAUUCCAAAGGAGCAACGUGGAUUUCUUGGAAACUCCAGAACUCACAUCUACUAUGCUAGUUCCUGCUUCUUGGUGGAUCCUGAACAACUAGGUGUUCUAGACAUUUUCUUUACGGUUCCAAGUGCAAAACAAGUAUUCUUAUCUAAAAUGUGAACUAGAAAAUUCUCUGCAGUUCCUAAUCUAUACUUUUGUUUAAUAUAUUUAAGGUGUGCACUCUUCUCAAAUGUCUUCUAUAUCUUUCAUGUGAAGUUUAGCUAAAUUUUUGAAUUUCACUAUUCUCAAUAUUUGCUGUUUUGCUACAUUGUAACCUAAAACACUUUAGUGGCAAAAUCCUAAUAUGUGAAAAAAGUGUACACAUAAAGGAAAAAAAUCGUGAAAAAGAAAUGAUAAAAAAAUAAUUGAAGUGGGAACUUUUAGAGUAUCCCUUCAUAGGAUAGCUUUUGUAGAUUUGUCAUAAACUAUCAAGGUUAAGUCAGUGUUUUGUCAUUUUUAAGUAACUGAUUUUCUGUGAAUGAAGUUUAUUCUUGGUAGUGCUCACUCCAUUCCCAACUCAUGAUCUUUUGAGCAUCCACUUUACUGAAAGCUAAUAUGUGACCCAAAAUGGUGUCCUUAUGCGCAGAGAGCGCGACAGCAGGUGCACAGAGAAAAGGCCACAUAAGGACACAGUAAGGAGGUGCCCAAAGCAAGCCAGGAGAGGCCUCAGAAGAAAUCAAUCUUCCUAGCACCUUGACCUUGGACUUCCAGUCUCUAGAACUGUGAGAAAAUACCUUUCUGUUGUUUAAGCUAAAAAACUGUUAAUAGUAAUACAUGAGCAUACAACAGUCUUGGCUGUAAUCUAUAGACACUAUAUACCUAUCAGGUUAUAAACUGGUUUUUCACAAGAGAACAAUUCUGUGAUAGUUAGGGUACCAUUUAGUACUGUAACACCAUUACAUCAUUUAUUAGCAUCAUAAUUCCCUUGUACGUAAGUUCAAUAAAUCGAGAAAAUAGAAUUUUGAGAAAAUCUGGAUUCAAAUUUUUGUCAUAUGAUCCAGAGGACUAAUUUUCUUAUGAAAAAUAGAUAUUUGCAUCUAAAUAAUAGUUUCAAAAUAUUUAAAUAAUAAAAUUUUAACCUAAGUAAACAAAUAUAAAAGCACAAAACUUUAAGGAAGUAAUAAAAUAAGGAAGGUACUGCACAGAAAACCGUUUCCAAUUUCAACACUAGAAUGACAACAAUUCUAGUUUCACCGGAACAGUUGGUUUGUUCUGUAUACCUAAUUUACUACACAAGCUCAUAUAUUUUUAAUAAAAUCUCUUCUGAUAAAUGCUGCUAAUAAAAAUCCAAUGCAUAUGAAGUUUGUUACCAUGUUAUUUGGUAGUUUAAAUUCCUUUGAAACCACAGGUCUUCAAGGAAAAACUGUAAGGUUAUUUAUUUAUUUAUUUUUUACUGUUGGAAAACUCAGAAGGUUGAGCUAAAUUAUAUUUUUAAAUAUAAAAUUUGACCUAAAAUAUUUUCUCAAAUGAAUUUAUGGAAUAUUAGCUUCUAUCAAAGGUAUACGUUUGUAUACACCUCAGUCCUCAUCCAUCUAAAGAAAAAUUUUUUUCAUAGCUUCUACAAGACAAGGGCAGUAAAUUUUGACAUACGCACACACGUGUGUGUGUGUGUGUGUGUGUGUCUCUGGUCAUUUCUAAAGUUGACAAACACUAUGAAACAACACCUGGCUCAACUCUUUUAAUUUAUAUACAAAGUAGAGAACAUUAAUGGAGAUGUACAAUGAUUAUUCAAACAAGUUAUACAUAUGUACAAAGGCAAACAUAAUAAAACAUUCUUUGCAGUCUGAUUAUAUACAGUGACUUUUGACAUAAAACUCUUCUUGAAAAGGUUGGUUAUGAAUGGUUUCAAAAAUACAAAUCAUAGCCAAUCAAAACAUAUUUCAGUAUUAGAUUCAGAAAGUACCUAAGUCUUUUAAGUGUGAGGCAAUUUCCAAAGUACAAUGGUGGUAUGGCUUUAAAAAGGUUUCUGCCCUCGGUAACACUGCUGAGUGGAAGGGCUCUUUAGAUUCCAAACGGGAAUAGGUUCUAUCAUCGUUUUUUUAACAAGUCAAAAAAGCCUUUAUGGUAAUUUAAUUAUGGUACUACUGACCCCAGCUCUUAUACAGAUUACACACAAAUUGUUUUGUGUGUGUGUAUAUAUAUACACAUAUAUACACACUGGAACCUAGAAGACAAAAAAAAAUAAGUGAAAAAUCUGGGCUCUAGGUUUAAAUGUAUCAUUUUUAAGUACCCUAUAAAUUUGUGGUUUUAAUGUAUUUUUUUCCGGGGAACAAAGUAAUGAAAAGUAGUGUACUAAAAGACCAAGAUGGGAAGCCUACCACGGACUAAAGCUUGAAUCCAGGUAACAAGCCCAAAGACCAGUGAAGAAAAAGGUACUGGUUUUAGGAGUUCAGAAUUCAGUGUACGAUGAACUUUCUGCCAAAUGAUGGUCUUGAACGCCUUGCCAGUAGACCUGGGGAUCUAAGAGAAGCAGGGAGAGUUUACACUUACCUUUAUAUCAGUAAUUUUUUUUGACACUAUGCUGGAAGAAACUUUUUUUUCAAUAGUAACAUCCAGAGUGACAAAAUGCAGGAGAUUUAUUAUAUAAAAUUUCUAGGAGCUAAAAGUUUAGCCCCCAAAUUCUUCAUCCAUACAUGUUCCUGUCAUAAGAAAUUACAGAAUUGAAACUUAAUGUACCUCAAUUAUUUGUAAAUGCCUACAUUUUUCCUCUUUUGGAAAUAAAAAUAUCAGUUUUAUUUUGCAAUUGCCCAACUUCUUCUGUUCAUGGAGUCUGAUUAGAGACAACAAGUAGCAGCUAUUUUUUACCUUGAGUUUCACUGUUUCCAAAUUGUCAAUCUCUGCUAGUAAUUAUGAAUUUUAAACAAUUUUAUCAAAAACCUAGAGACCAAAGAAAUGCCUAUUAAAAUAUUCUCCUUCCUGUCAUUGAGAACUCUGCAUUGAACAUCCUGGGUCAUUUUAAGCCUCUGGAGAGAUUGUGAAGAUCCUUUCAAAGUGCUGGUAUGAAAUCAGUGGAAAACAGAACAAAAGCCAACUUUAAAAGCAACAAGAAAUUAUAUACCAUAUAUACAUCAUAGCAAAUACUUUAUAUUUGAGAAUCUUUACAGCUUACAUUUCCAUUCCAUUAUUACAAGA